CAACAAAGAUUCUACCAAUCCGGGAUGUAAAGACGCGAUGGAACUCUACAUUCUUAAUGCUUUGGAGGACAAAGAGACUUCAGGCUAUCUUCAUACCUUUUUGUACUGAGUGGGAACGACCCAAUCUUCUGCUUAAUAAUAAAGAAUGGCGCCAGGUUAACUACCUUAUUUGGAUCACACCCCCUUUCUAUGAAUUUACCACUGAGCUCUUUAAGAUCAAGGAUAUGACUACUCAUCAUGUUUUUAAGAUUUACAACCUUCUCUUUGAGCAUCUAGAAAAUGCUAUCCCUAGAGAUCUCUAUGCGGUUAGCACAAUGCUUGCUCCAGAUAAUAAGUUUAAGUUCUUCCAGACUAAGGACUGGGAUAAUGAACUUCUGCUUAAGAAAGGCAAGCAUCAGCCAGCUAAGCCUAAGGAUGAAUUUACUGAAUAUCUUGACUCUGCAAUUGCUGCUCUCACGAGAGAUGCACUUUUAGUUCCUGCAACUAGUACUAGUAUUAAACGACUAUUCAAUAUUGCUCAGGAUAUUUGUCACUAUUGCUGUGGCAAACUCCAUAUGAACCAAUUAGUAAUAAUGAAGAGCAACGCACUAAAGAAGAAAGAAGAAAGAAGAGAGGAAGAUGGAGAUGAUUUUGAGGAUGAAGCUUCUCCUCAUCCAGUCGUAGAUGUUUCUCUCCCAGUUAUAGAAGAGAAAGCCACUCAAGUGCGUCAAUCAGUUAGGUCGAGGAAGCGCCCUCGGCAGGAAGAUAAUCAGUAUAUAUAUCAUGAAGAAAAAUAA